CUGCUUAAACAGGAGUUUGGUGGCGAGCAGCCAGCCAGCGGCAGGUCACAUGUUGCAGCGUCAUUGUGUAGUAAAGUUACUGUAGUUGCAAAGAGGCUCCUCAUUUCGGCUCCAGAGGUCUCUCAUCCCGUGCUGCUGCUGCUGCUGCUGCUGCUGCUGCUGCGGCGUUUCCAGCAUGCGACAACUUCACUUUCAGACGAUCUCCACAGGAGCCGCGCAGCCAUGGGAGUGCAUCACCUCAUCCAUGCAAUUUCCACCAUCAAUAAUUUAAUCUAUUUGCUCCAAAGCUGAAGAGAUAUCCCCGAGAAGCUCCUCUCUUUUUUUUUUUUCUUUUUUCUUUUUCCUUUUUUUUUUUUUUUUGUUGUUGGUGUGUGUGUGUGUACCGGGAGAGAGAAUAUACAACAGAGAGGAACAAUAUCGCGCUUAAGUAGAAUUACUCAGGGAGUUGUCCAAUACAUCCCAGAUGACACUACUGUCCUGUUGAAUGGUCUGUUUUACGACUGGGCAGUAAAAGUUCCACCAGGUUAGAAGAGUGAUGACCAUCCUGUUCCUUACUAUGGUUAUUUCAUACUUCAGUUGCAUGAGAGCUGCGCCCCUGAGAGACGCCCCGGGCAUGCGGGGCCAUCGGACGGAAGGCUACUUGGGCGCCGCUGUGACGGCCGCACGAGGCCACGGGACUCCACAGAGUGGUGGUGGGCCAGGCCAGCGCGGGGAACUGCCCUCACUCACAGACACGUUUGAGCAGGUGAUAGAGGAGCUGCUGGAGGUGGAGGGGGAGGCGGCACAGCUGGGACAGGGGGCUGAUAAGAGCCAGGGAGGUGGGGGCCCACCCUCUGUGGUCACCGCAGAGGCCAAGGAUGUCGACCUGUACGACUCGCGGGUGAUGAUCAGCAACCAAGUGCCUUUGGAGCCGCCGUUGCUCUUUCUCCUGGAGGAAUACAAAAACUAUCUGGAUGCCGCCAACAUGUCCAUGAGGGUGCGGCGACACUCCGAUCCCUCGCGGCGCGGAGAGCUCAGUGUGUGUGACAGUAUUAGCCAGUGGGUGACAGCUGUGGAUAAAAAGACGGCAAUAGACAUGUCUGGGCAGACAGUUACCGUCAUGGAAAAGGUCCCUGUCCCCAAUGGCCAACUGAAGCAAUACUUUUAUGAGACCAAAUGCAACCCCAUGGGGUACACAAAGGAGGGCUGCAGAGGAAUAGACAAGCGGCAUUAUAAUUCCCAAUGCAGGACAACCCAGUCCUACGUGCGAGCGCUUACCAUGGAUAGCAAAAAGAAGAUCGGCUGGCGGUUUAUAAGGAUAGACACUUCAUGUGUAUGCACAUUGACCAUUAAAAGAGGGAGAUAGUGUAUAAAAUGUAUAGAUUUUAUUGAAGAGUUUAAAAAAGAGAAUAAAGAGAAAAUAUCUAUUUGUAUAUAUACAUAACAGGGUAAAUUAUUCCGUCAAAUGAAAAUUUUAUGGACUGCAUGUAAAAAAAGAUGAAGUUUAUACAGUAAAAGUGAUACUACAGUCUAUUUAUUGAACAUAUUCAUGACCUUGUAAACAAUUAAAAAAAAUCUGAUCAGUCAUUUGCGCCCAGUUUAAAUUACUAUAUCACAUUCCUCAAGACAUUGUGAUUUGUUUACGUUGCCAAGAAUUAGAAAAUGAAGGAAGAAAAAAAAGAAGAAGAAAACAGGCAAGGAAAGAGAGAGGACAGUUCCAUCUUCAAAAGCUUGCAUGCUGCUUCAAUUGUGAAUCGAGAAAUUCUCCACUUACAAAAAAGGAUAUGAUGCUGACCAAAAAAAAAAAAAAACAUUCCGUUUACAUAUUCAGCAGAAAACAACUUUCCUCUCAAGUAAUUUAUCUGUUUACUGUUCUAAACUUCUCAAGGUAAUGUUGGAAUUACAUACUAUGUCAAGGUGCUGUUGUCAAAGCUUUGCUGUUUAUUUUUUUAUCCCCACCAGAGGACAAGAUAUAUAUAAAAAAAAAAAUCUAUAUAUAUAUAUAUAUAUAAAAUUUAUUCAUUGACAUGUUUCUGGGUUAAUAUUAUUCAUUUUGUAUGUUGUGAAGUUGUUUGCAAUAU